GCCCGGCGGCUGCCGAGCGGGCGCGGGGCCGCGGGCGCUGAAGCGCGGCGGGAGGAGCAUGGCCGAGUCGCUGCGCGAGGAGCCGCCCGGCGGGCCGGAGUCGGAGGCCGAGCUGUCUCAGCGGCUGGCCCGCACCAAGGCCCGCUCGUACGGCAGCACGGCGAGCGUGGCGGCGCCGCUGGCGGAGCGCUACGUGGAGCACCGCCUCAGCGCCGGGGACACGCUGCAGGGCAUCGCCCUCAAGUACGGCGUCACGAUGGAACAAAUAAAGAGGGCAAAUAAACUGUUCACUAAUGACUGUAUAUUUCUGAGGAAAACCCUGAAUAUUCCUGUUAUAUCAGAGAAACCAUUACUGUUCAAUGGACUUAAUUCACUGGAGUCUCCUGAGAAUGAAACAGUUGACAGCUCUCCUUCUUGUGAAGAAGGGCUAGGGACAGUUCAGGAAGAAAGUAGUUCUUCUCCCAGUCCUCAAGAACCUGACAAUCAGCCCACUGCACCGGAGGAACUGUCUGCCAAAGAUUUUCUUCAGAGAUUGGACUUGCAGAUUAAAUUAUCCAAACAAGCAGCCAGGAAACUAAAAGAUGACAGUGUCAGAGAGGAGGAGAAUGAGGAAGGUCCCUAUGCAACUUCUUCAUAUCACCAGUAGAAGACAGAUGCGAUGGCCUGAAAACUUCCCCUGAAAUCAGUUCUUAAAGAACUAAAUGGUCAGUAAUUAAAAAAGUCUUUUGGACUCAUCAUCAUGAUGUACUUUAUAUAAGUCAUGAAUGGGUAAUUGCACUGAACUUGACCUCUUCUGCCUUCCGUAGGUUAAUGUCCUUAUGCUAUAUCAACAAAGGGUUUAAGCCUUCCAAAUCUAGCGAUGGCCUUUAUGCCCCUUCUGUGCAAACUGUAGCAUGGUAGCAACAAUAUAUCCUUGAGGUCACCCUUUAAGCAGGAUGUUGAUCUUUAGUAAAGAUUUUGUAAAUACUUGUUAAAGUGAAAUUUGUUUUAAGUAUUUAAAAUGUUAAACAAGUUUGCUUGUAAAAGACAAACCGUAAAUGAGAAUUUACUUACUCUGCAGACAGACAAGUUUGCUGUGGAAGCUGUGUCUACUUCAGGGCUGCGGAACUUGCCUCUGAACUGUGUGUGUCUGUGUGGUUAUAAGAACAUAGGUUUAUUUCUUGAGAGGGGUAUUUGACUUGUUUUGAUUAGUUAAAGCCUUUAUUAAUGAACUGUCUGCAAACUGGAUUUUUGCUAAUAAAAGGGAAGAGUUGCAGCGAGAGAGUUUUCCUUUGUGAAAUACAGCAUUGGAAUAUCAGAUGUGUGUUCUUGUGUGCAGUUAUAUUGUGUGCUUUUAAUUUAAUAAAUAAAGGAAUUCCAGUGUGUUUGUUCAUUAUGAA